AUGACUAGAGAUGGGGAAUCUCACGAAUGGUCACUGUGGGCAGUAUUCUAUCCAGAUUUGUUCCUGAAGGACGAGGUCGGAUUGAAAUACUUAAGAAUGACAACCGAAGAUUGCCGGGAAUUUCAACGCCAGUCCCAGGAAUUGAAAUCCACUUCAGACGACUCCAAUAUUUGGUUUGAUCUUGCGGAGCCUUGUGGACCCGCUACUGCUCAUCCGCCGCAAGGUAUUCGAAACAUACAGGAAUACUUGCGUGUUGCUAGAAACGAUAUAUCGCAUGCCUGCCUUGGUGGCCCCUUCCACUUCACCGAUCGCUCCCUUUUCGAAACAUUUGAUGAAAAUAUUGAUCGGGCCAUUCUCUGUUUAAGGGAUUACGAACAAUUAAUCGAAGAAAGAGUCAAUUUGUGGCGAACUCUACCCGGGUACGACGAGUGGAUUGAGGGAGGAUUAGCUGGCCACCGCAAAUGGUUAGAGAACCUCGAGGGGUCUAAGCCGAAGGAAUGUUUACAUGACGCAUGGCAACUUGAGACUGAGACAAACGACCCGAUUACCCAGGCAGGAGAUAUGACACUUUGGAAGGAUGGAGGAAAUGGCGUAAUGAAUUGGGAAAGCGAGCCUGUCUUUGGACUGCAGGCAUGGGGUUCGGAUGGAAUUCUCGAACCUAUUGAGGAAGCGGGUGAGAGUUUGGAUGAGACUGUAGUCGAGCACAUCGAUUUUGACGGUGCAGAAAAAGGACAACAAUCUUGA